GCCAUCUGUGAGGUGAAAACCAUCGUCAUGGAGGCGGUCAAAGCUUUUAACAACGAGCUGUACUCGUUGAACGAGUACAAACCGCCCAUCUCCAAGGCCAAGAUGACCCAAAUAACCAAGUCUGGAAUCAAGGCUAUUAAACAGCUCUCCCAGCUCCCCCAAUGCACUGAAAGUGAAGCAGGAGGAUGGGGUGGAGAGAGUUACAAAGAAAUAAGAGAAUCCGUAACCGUCUUAGUUCUACAAGCAUGUUGUCCAAAGUGUAGAGAAGUUCAUACAAAAGUGCAAACCAGAGUACAAAGUUCCGGGGCUUUACGUCAUCGACUCUAUUGUCAGACAGUCCAGACAUCAGUUCGGGACCGAGAAGGACGUCUUUGCUCCACGCUUCAGCAAAAAUAUAAUAGCAACUUUUCAGCAUCUCUACCGCUGCCCUCCAGAUGACAAGAGUAAGAUUGUGCGAGUACUCAACCUGUGGCAAAAAAAUGCAGUUUUCAAGAGUGACAUUAUCCAGCCACUGUUGGACAUGGCAGCAGGGCUUCCUCCUCCCAGUGUCACCCCGAUCAUGUCCAGCAGUGCUGCUCCUAUCAACAAUGCCACUCCUGGCACACCAGCCACUCCUGCCACACCCGCCAAUAUUGUUCAGGGUCUUCCAGAUUGGGCUUCACAGAUCUCCAACACGGACACCGUCGCUGCUGUGGCCCAGAUCCUACAAAGUCCUCAGGGACAGCAGCUGCAGCAGUUGGUGCAGAGUCUGCAGAUGCAGCAGCAGAAGCCCCAGCCUUCACUGCUGCAGGCUCUAGAUGCAGGUCUGGUCGUGCAGCUACAAGCCCUGACUGCACAGCUCACCGCUGCAGCCACGGCCAAUACUCUGAACCCUCUGGAACAGAGGGUCUCUUCUUUUAACAAGAAACUUCUUGGUCCAUUUGACUUUGGAAAUGAUUCUGAGCGUAGUGAAGAAUCAAAAAAAGAUACGUCAUCCCAACUGCCUAUAGUGUCAGAGCCCAGCUCCUUGUUCCACCAGCUGGCCGAGCAGCUGCAGCAGCAGAACCUGGAGCAGUUUCAGAAGCAGCUCCUGGAGCACCAGCAGCACCAGAAGGCAAUGGGUCUUGAAAGUAAAGACUCUGUCUUUGGCCAAGACAACAGCAAUGUAGCAACUGCUCAGAGUAGCAGCCAGCCUCAGCAUUCUGAAUCUGAGAAGUUAGACGAUUCUAUCGAUAAUCAACAAGAGGACAUGGAUCUAGAUGAGGGCCCAGAUGGAAUGGAGGAAGAGAUUGUAGAGACUGAAGAAAAGAGGCACAUCAGCACUCGCUCAAGAACACGAUCCCGCUCUCGCUCUCGAUCACCCAAAAGGAGAAGGUCCAGAUCACGGUCGGGCUCUCGAAAGCGCAAACACCGCCGGCGCUCCCGCUCCCGCUCUCGAGAUCGCAAGAGGAAAUCCUCACGCUCUUAUUCCAGUGAGAGGAGGGCCAGGGAGAGAGAGAAGGAGAGACAGAAGAAAGGACUGCCUCCAGUUCGGUCCAAGACGCUUAGUGUGUGUAGCACAACUCUGUGGGUGGGCCAAGUAGAUAAGAAGGCAACUCAACAAGAUCUUACCAACCUCUUUGAAGAGUUUGGACAGAUUGAGUCUAUAAAUAUGAUUCCUCCCAGAGGCUGUGCCUACAUCUGUAUGGUCCAUAGACAAGAUGCAUACCGUGCCCGCCAAAAGCUCAGCACAGGCUCAUUUAAGAUAGGCUCUAAGGUCAUUAAGAUUGCCUGGGCCCUUAACAAAGGUGUAAAGCAGGAGUAUAAGCAGUUCUGGGAUGUAGACUUGGGUGUUACCUACAUACCUUGGGAGAAAGUGAAGCUAGAUGACUUGGACGGUUUUGCAGAAGGAGGAAUUAUCGAUCAGGAGACUGUAAAUGAUGAGUGGGAGGCUGCAAAGAAUGCAGAAACUGCUAAAGAAAGUGCACCUCAGCCAGUGGCUGUAGACACUACACCUCCAACCAAUCCACAGACAGAGAGCUUCAGCCAGCAGGUCACAAUGAUGCCCGUGCAGCUCCCUGUUGCUCCAGCUGUGCCCAGUGCAGUGGGUUUGGUUCCUCCUUCAUUUUCGGUGUCAAUGGGAAUCCCACCUCCAGGCUUUGCCCCCCCACCUUUCUUAAGGGCUGGGUUUAAUGCCACUCAGCCCCCUCCAGGCUUUUUACAAACGACACAAGCAACAGCACCUACAUCCCUUGUGCAACCUUCAGUCACUUCAAGUCAAGAUGGUGUUAAAGAUUCACCAUUUGGUGCGUUGAUCCCUCCAAGCAGCACUAUUCCUGGGAACUUCAUGCCUUCAGCCAUCCCUGGAGCAGGUGUGUUUACCCCAAUGGGACUUCAGACUCAGCAAGCUGCUAAUGAGAAAGCUCAGUCUGAGGGCAUGGAUGCUGCUGCAGAGCUCACACUGCAGGGUAUGCAGAAUGCAGUGCGAAGUGGCAUGGGCCUCCUGGGCAUGCACCCCUCAGCAUCUCUCACUCACCCAGGUCUGUCACCACAGCGCCUGCCUGGGCUGCUGCCUCUAGAUGUGCGUCCAAACCUGCUACCCGGUGCUGGACGCUUCCCUCUACUCAUGCAGCCAGGGCUUCUAGAUGGCUCCCUACAGGCCCGACCUAGAGCCCCCUUCUCUCAAUUGGACCACUUUAACAGAGCCCCUAAUCUUAACAAUGAAAGUUUAUCCAAAACAGAGGACGAGUCUUUAUCUGGGGCUGAUGAGGGGAAAGACCAAGACUACCGUUUCCCCCCCAUGGAGAAACCAAGCACUGGCUUACUGCGCACCCCUCCCCCAGAGCAGAGAGAGCCCAUAGGGGGUCCUGGCAGCAGCCGACCUCCCUUACUGCAGACCCCCAGUACUCAGCCGGCCAGAACCAGCUUAGUGGGCCGGCUGCAGGCUCUAGCUGGCUUCACCCCUGAUAACCGCUGGAGUCAGACCAGAGGGGACUUUGAUGAGCGCGAUCGCCCCACACCUGCACAGAACUUCCCCAGUCGCUUUGACAACCGUCCUGGAGGGCCAUGUGGAGCCCCACAGCCCUGGAAUCGCGGAGCUGGUCCCUCUGCACCUUUUGACAGUGACCUCCACCAAGAUUUAGAUGAGCGCAGGCGGCCGUGGGAUAGACAGAGGGACAGGGACGAGCGAGACUUUGAUUUCAGAAGAGAGAUGAAUGGAGGUCGCCACAGUCGAGAGCGGGACAGAGACAGGGACAGGGAGAGGGACAGGGACAGAGACCGAGAUCGAGGUAGAGAGCGUCCCCGAGAGACAGAGCGUGACAGGGACAAAGAGCGUGACAGAGACAGAGGGAACUGGACUCCCCUUCUGCCCCUGCCAACACCUCUGCUUCCAACACCACCACUCAAUCCAAACCUGGCUCUAAACCCAGGCAAAAUGUUAACACCUCUGAAAUUAAACCCUCAGAUUCAGCCACGCUUCCAGUCCCCUCCACUGGCCCAGGCCCGGCCCCCGCUCCUGGGGAUCCAUCAGCCACAGCCUUUAGUUCCAAGUAAAUCCCCCCCUCCAGCACAGACCCAUGAGUCUGCGUCUGAACCCCUAGAAGAGAGAGUGGUUUCCCCAGUGCCUCAAAACCUGUCCCCUGCUCUCCCACAAUCUCUUGCUUUAUCACCGGAGAACCCAGCUCCAUUGAGUCAGUCUCCAGACUUUGUCCCGUCACCAUCUGAGUCUGAGACCCCUCUACAGACAGAGUUACCAAGUCGCCCAGUUACCCAGUCCCCACUAACUAUGGGCUCCCCAGAAAGCCCAGCCCUGGUCCAAGCCUCUCCCCCGCCCACGGAGGUGCCCCAGGUGGUGCUCCAGGAGGCGUCUCAGGAGGCGUCUCAAGAGGCGUCUCAGGACUCGUUUGUGAUGCGCCUGUAUGAAGAAACCAACCCCCUUCUAAAGGAGGAUAACAUAGAGGAGGAGCACUCACAGGAGGCUGUGGGCUCCCCCCUGUCCUCCUGGGAGAAUGGACAUGAUAUGGACAAUAGCAUGGCUGAACCUACAGCAGAGUCCACCGCAGAGCUCUGCACUGACUCUGCACCCCCUAGAGGUGAAGAGCAGCAGGAGAAGCCUGGCUCUCCUGAGGACAUAGUGAAUAAUGCACAGAGUGAGUCCACGGAGGAAGCUGCCAGUCAGCCUGUGCUAGACUCUGUCCCAGACACUGAGGGGACAUAAUCAUCACUCAGUAGGUACAAGAUCAUUUUGUAAAGCGUUUCUCUUCUUCUCUGUACUCAUGUCAACAAACUCCCUGCACCUCCAACACACUGGACAUUACAGCUGAUGAUUAAUGACUAUUUUAAUUCACCAAUGCCAGUGUACCUAAAUGGAAGGCUCAAUAGUAUUCUAGAAAAAAUGUAUUUUAUUUUUUAGUAAAAAUUACCCCACCUAUUUUAAUUGACCUAAAGCGUGGUGACUUUUAUUGAAUAGCCUGCAAAUGUUUUAAUUGUAUAUGGGGGAAUUGAGCUUUGACCUUCCUAUGGAAGAAAUGUUGAAAUUCUGGUUCCAACAAUGGAUUGAAUAGACUCCACUCAGUACUUGAACAGAGCGGUUUUAGUGAGAUUCUCUUCUGCACAGUGCUGCUGCAAAGGUCUGCAAUGAAUGCGCUUGUGGUGUCCACUAUUUUUUCUUUACAACUUCUACACACAAAAUUAUUAGUGCAGAUGUUAAAAUUGGAGAAAAUGAUUGAAUGUUGUAUUCUCAAUAUUGACAUGUAAUCUGUUUCUGAUCAAACAGGAAGGAACUGAGCAGCAGUAUGUUUUGGAUUAUGGUGCAUAUUGUUUUAGUCUGAAAUAAAUGCUUUGUCUGUUUCAAUACACGCUUUAGAACUGUUCUCUGACCCAGGACCACAGUAGUGUUCUGGGACCAGUUCAUUUGAUGUUGCUGCUUAAAUUUCCCCUCCACAGAGCACUGUGCGAUGAUGCAGCUGUGCGACGUGUAGUCUGUAGUUUCUAAGCGUUAGCUUGGUGACUCUUGAGGUUGGGGCUGUGCCUUUUUGAACGGAUGUCCUUCAUGACUCUACCCAACAGUAUAGUAUGACCUCAGAUAUUGUGUACAGUUAAGAUGGAUGUGCCUAAGACCUGAGCGGUAGACUGGUCUGUCCAGCACUUGCAACUACGCUGUAUACUCCUCCAUCUGUGCAUGCAGGCCUGUAGCCAUGUUUUAACCCUGUCUCUCUUGUACAUUUCAAACUUGUAGUGCUUUUACUUUGAGGCAUAUUAGAAAACCAUAGUCUGCUGUUUUCAGUUAAACUUGUGAUGAUGAAUAAAAAAAAAUUGAAGGUGCAUCAGAUUUUUCAAU